AUGUUCGAUCAGCUAUUUUCGCGGUCGAGGGCUGCCGACACUGGCGUUGUUCAUAGUGAUGGUUCCGCCGAUAUGCCCAUAAGCAACUGCAUUUCUGGCGAGUUGGGCGGCGUAGGAAUGUCCAUUGGUUUGAUCUCCGUCGUUCCCACUACAUCAGAACCCGACGACACCCCCGCUCCAGCGAGUACAGGGAGAUUCUCGGCGAGUAGCUUCCUAGCUGCUAUUUUCGGCAUCGGUAUUGCACUGAGUUUCUGGACACCAAAGAAUCUGUGGGUUUUCAUUGGUGGAUUCGGUCUCCGCAGGGAGAAGAGGAAACAGAGGGAUCGCAAUAAGAGGGCAAUUGGUGCAGCAGCAGCACGUGAGGCGGUUACAGCCAAUGGGGAGCAGUUGAGAGAGGGCCAGAGGGACAAGGGCAAGGCACGAGCAAUUGAAGUCGUGGAGGAUGAUGUGGGCGAGAGUUCGAAGUCUUCCAAAACAGAGCGAACACCACUCCUUCUUGAGGCUUCAUUUGAAACUACAACGCCAAGAACACCAACAAGUUCCACCAAAGCCGGCUCACGUGACUCCGGCAUCGACCUAACCAAUGCCGAGGAAAGCCGAGCAACACGCUCGGUAGAACAACAAAUCCCAAUACAGAAUCCCGACCCGAUAUUACCAAAAUCAACGGAGCCAGAGAUCAUGGAAGACGAGAUGCUUGAGACCAUUGAUGAGGCUGAGGAGGCCGAGCCAUUAUCACCAAUAGCGGAGUAUCCGCCGACAUGGACAUUUGAUAGUCACAAACCGUCCCCAACUCCCAGCGUACGAGCUGAGUCACCAGCUCUGCAGGUCGAGACAGGGUCGAUGGUGAUCGUUCCCCCAGCAGUCGUGGACUCGGAUGCUUGCCCAUACGACCAGCGAACGCUUUCGGUGGAGACUCUCUCUAGAUCUGUUGUUGCUGACCUCCCGGUCACCGGCGGAGAAGGAUACAGAGAAUCCCGAUCGCUCACUCCUGUCGAGAAGGGAAGAUCAGCUGCCUCAUCUAUCAGGGCCCCAUCACUAAGCCGCGAAGUCUCUGUCGAGCCGGCACCAAAGGUCGACGUUGUGGAGGUGGUUCCGGUCAAGGCUGCCGAGGAGGAAGUAGUGAAGGCGGGGCCUUCAGUUCCUGAGGUUGCAAUGGAGGCUCCUAAGGUCGAGGAGAUCAUUGAAGUCCCCAAGUCUGAGGAGUUUGAAGCCCCUAAGCCUGUGGAGGUUGAAACCCCCAAAUCCGAAGUCCCCCAAGUCGAAGAACCCGUGAUCACCAAGGUUGAAGACUUUGUCGCCCCAAAGGCCAAAGAGGUAGAAGUCACAGUACCAGAGGUCGAAGAGGUUAGAGCAGCAGUCGUUGAGGAUGUUGUAGUCCCCAAGAUUGAAGAGGUUGAAGUUCCUAAGACUAAGGAGAUUGAGACUCAUUUUGAAACCCCCAAACUUGUCGAGAUCUCUAACCCCUUCGAGGUUGAAGCUCCCAAGCUCAAGGAAACCGAGGCCCUCAAGGUGGAAUCCCCUAUCGUUGAAGCUCCUAUUGUUGUGGCCCCCAAAGUCGAAGCUCCCAAAGUCGAAGCUCCCAAAGUCGAAGCUCCCAAAGUCGAAGCUCCCAAAGUCGAAGCUCCCAAAGUCGAAGCUCCCAAAGCCGAGGAGCCCAAGGCCGAAGCCCCCAUCGAACCUCCGGUCAAGGCUCCCGUCGAAGCUCCCGUCGAAGCCCCGAUCCAAUCGCCUCAGGUGGAGACUCCCAAGGUGCAAGAAGUUAUCGAGGAGCCCAAAGAAGAGCUCAAAAAGGCCGAAGGGUCGGAGACACAGUCCACUUCGGCACCUACCUACCGCAAGUCCUUUAGCAGUUCAUCAGAAGCACUCCCCAAGCUCGCCGAGGUUCCUGAGCCCGCCAGCGCCAAGCUCGAGGUUGAACCCAAGGGCAAGGACAAGGCCGAUGAUGAUAUUUCAUUCAUCGAGCACCCAACAACCGCCUCCCCAGAUCAGAUCUCCCUCAACAGCGAAGGGAAGGACGAAAAGGAAGAGUCACAGCCCGAGGUUACCAGCGCCGAGGACACCCGCCGUUCAAGGUCAGGUAAACCCCCUAGCGUUGCUGGAGACGACAAAUCGACUAGGUCCGAGUCAGGCCCCAGCAGAAAGCCAUCUUUCCGCCGCAUGGUUGGAUCCCACAGCAGGGCUCCAUCAGUCGAUUCAAACAAGAAGGAUUCCUCUCUCAGGCGAUCAUUGACAAAUGUGUUCCCUGGAAAGAAGAUGAAGCGCGAGAACUCGACGCCAGCGUCUGCAUCCUCUUCGCAGGCCAAGUUAGACCUUGAGGCUGCCGCCGGAAACGACGCCGCCGCGGCCGCCCCCUCCUCCUCCGCCCUCGAGGUUCCUGCUACUACCGCUGCGGCGGAACCUACCCCCGCCGAGCCCGUCAAGCGCUCAAACGCAUCCAUCAAAUCCCACAAAGACGGACGCCCGCCAACAUCAGACGGGAAGAGCGACGACGGCCGACCAAGCAAGCUCCCCCGCCGUCCUACAUGGGCCUUCGGGAAGAAGAAGUCCACACAGAACCUUGGCGAAGCCAAAUCCUCUUCCGCCGCCACCAGCCAAAUCAGUCUCCACGGGCCCAGCAAGAGCGAAGAGAUUCCACAGGCACCCGCAGCUGAGGCCGCCGCCCCGACUGAUAAGGGCAAGGGUGUAGAAAGGGUUGCCCCUGCUGCCCCUGCCGUCGUCGAGGCGCCCAAGGCUGCUGAGCCUGCUCCGGAGGUUCCUGCACCCCAGCCAAAGAUCAUUGAGGCACCUCCUCCACCAGCUCCUACUGAGCAGGAACAGAAGGCGAUCGUUGACAGCGAGGCUGCAGCAGCCGCAGCUGCUGUCGUUGCUGAGCAGAAGCCUGCGCCAAGACCUAUGCUCAAGAGCAGAGUGACGUCAAUGAUGGCUUGGGGACGUAAGAAGAAAUAA